GCUCUCACAACCUCGGUUUGCCUCCUGUUGCCUGAGAAAUUGUGACCUUUUUCAGAGCUCGAGUACCAUGUCCUUGGCACAGGAAUCUGAGGCAAGGAAGGCGCGUUUGCUUGCCUUGAGAAAGAAAAGAGCAGGCGAGAGCACUGAUGAGGACAGUAACAACACAUCAGAGCGUAUUCUCAGCUCUCGUAAUUUUGAUCCGGAAACACGAACUCUUCGUAAACGACAACUCGAAGAUGUUGAAAUCGAGGACACUGUUGAGGGGAACGUCAAAGGACUGGCCGAGAAAAUCAUUGCUGAGGAUGAGGAGAGAAGGGCUCAGGACCUGGACUUAUUCAACAUUGCACCGAAGAGGCCCAACUGGGAUCUCAAACGUGAAAUGGACAAAAAGCUUUCCAAACUAGACAGACAAACGCAGCAGGCAGUCCAUACGCUCAUUCGACAACGUCUUGCUGCUCAGAAAGGACAAUCUGACGACCUCGUGGCUGCGAUGCAAGCA